CUUCUAUAAAGGCGUAUGACGUCUCAAAAACUACAUCAUUUCUAUUUGUGUGUUCCGUAGUGUCAUUGCGUCAGAGCAAAGUUUUAAUUGUAAUUCAUCGUUGCAAAUGUCUACAAGAGACAGACAGCACAAAUGUUGAGAAUAUUAAAUGUAUUUGCAAUUGCUGCCAUUGCAAUUGUAUCAUCUGAAGAUGAAACGAAUGAUUUAACGAGAGGAAUUUAUAGUUUUGCAUCCGAUUUGUAUCAGGAAUCAGCCAAAUCGACCAAAGGGAAUGUAAUAAUUUCACCAUUUUCAGUUGCAAAUGCGCUUGUAUUGUUAUCACAAGCUACCAAUCGAAGUACGUUUGAGCAGCUAAAAACUGGUUUGCAUUUAAGCGGUGACAAAAAAUCAAUUGCAAAUCAAUUUCAAGAACAUUAUGGUCUACUUGAAAGAGGCGCUGGCAACACCACUUUUUCGAUUGCAAAUAACAUCUAUGUACAAAAAGGCUAUUCGAUAAAACAAAAUUUACAAAAAGUGGCCAUUGAUAAGUUUCAAUCAGGCAUUGAAUCGGUAAAUUUUGAGGAUAACGAAGAAACUGCACGUAUAAUCAAUAAAUUUGUCGAAGAAAAAACAAAUCGGCGAAUCAUCGAUUUAAUCAAAUCCGAUACGCUUGGAUCGGAUUCGCGUGUUGUUCUCAUAAAUGCGAUUUAUUUCAAAGGCGAAUGGGAACAAAAAUUCUACGAAUAUUCAACAAAUAAAUCCGAUUUUUAUAUCAACGAAACGGAAAAAGUGCCAGUCGAUUUAAUGAACAUCGAUGAAUGGUUUAAUUAUGUUGAUUUAUCUGAUUUGAAUGCAAGUGCACUUGAGAUGAAAUAUGCCGACUCGAACUUUUCAAUGGUUGUCAUUUUGCCAAACUCUCGUACCGGCCUAUCAACACUGGAAUCACAAAUGAAAGAUUGCGAUUUAAAAACCAUUGUCGCUAAUAUGAGCAUGCAAAAGGUCGAAAUAUGGAUUCCGAAAUUCGAACAUGAAUUUGAACUGAAGUUAAAUAAUGUACUAAUGAAUAUGGGUAUAGAAGAGAUUUUUGAAUCCAAUGCCGAUUUGAGUGAUCUAUUGGAAAAUGGCGAAUCAUUGCAAGUAUCUGAUGUAGUGCAUAAAGCUUUUAUCAAAGUAUCCGAAGGUGGAUCGGAAGCAGCAGCUGCUACAGGAGUUCAAAUUGUACUAUUUAGUGGUGAGUUUGGUCAAUCCAAAUUUCGUGCCGAUCAUCCGUUCAUUUAUUAUAUCUGGGACAGCAACAGCGAAACUAUUCUUUUCAGCGGCAGAGUUAGUAGUAAAUUUUGGCGAGUAUUGCAUCACAUGUUUGUGUUCAUAAAAUUCCACUUUGUCACGAAUUAUGUGUUUUAUAUUUUGUUGUUAUUCAAUUUCGACACGUUUGAGUGUGAGCCAAACAUCUAUAAAAGUGGAAGACAUUCGAAAAAAAUGUUUAAUUUGAAUAAAAGCAAACAACUUGACACAAUGAUACGUUCGAUAAUUGUAUUUGCAAUUUUUUCCUUGGUGACUUCGUCCAGCGUCCCAUCAACUGAAUUUGUCAGUGGAAUUUCGCGUUUUUCAUCGAAUUUAUAUGAGCAAUGUGCCAGAGCCGCAUCAAAUGAAAAUGUAAUAAUUUCACAAUUCUCUAUUGCAACCGCCGUAGCAUUUUUAUCACAAGCAGCCAACGGACGUUCAUUUGAACAAAUAAAAAAUUGUCUCCAUUUUGAUGGUAACAAAACCGAAGUUGCAAACCAAUAUUUUAGUCUUUCUGAGGCGCUUGAAAGUGAUUCCGGUGAUGCGAUAUUUUCCAUUGCCAAUCAAAUCUAUGUGCAACAAGAUUAUAAAAUAAAUCCAGAUUUUCAAAAGGUUGCCAUUGAGAAAUUCAAAUCGGGCGUUGAAUUGGUGAAUUUUGCAAAUAAUGAUGUCACCGCUAAAACCAUCAAUCAUUUUGUUGAGGAGAAGACAAAUGGAAAAAUUAAAGAUCUCUUCGAUGUAGACUCACUUUCACCGGACUCUCGUGUUGUUUUGGUAAAUGCCAUUCAUUUCAAGGGCGAUUGGGAAACAAAAUUCUAUGAAACCGAAACUACCAAAAACGAUUUUCAUAUGAGUGACACCAAAACAGUAUCAGUCGACUUUAUGAACAUUGAUUCACACUUUAAUUAUGCUGAUUUACCGGAGUUCGAUGCUAAAGCGCUUCAAUUGCAGUAUGAAAAAUCAAACUUCUCCAUGGUAUUCCUCUUACCAAACGCUCGUACAGGAUUACAAGCAAUGCAAUCAAAAGUAAAGGAUAAUUUGGUGUCUAUAGUGAAUAAAAUGCAACAGAGAAAAGUCGAAGUUUCAAUUCCAAAGUUUACCGUUGAAUUUCAAUUGAAUUUGAAUGAUGCUCUCCAGAAUCUGGGUAUGACUGAUAUAUUUGCCGAUAAUGCUGAUUUGAGCGGUCUUUUGGAGUCAAAGGAUCCGGUGAAAGUGUCCGAUGUAGUUCACAAAGCUUUCAUCACAGUUUCCGAAGGAGGAACAGAAGCAGCUGCCGCCACUGGCGUUAGAAUAGUUCCAUUGAGUGCUGUAUUAAAUAUGCCAACGUUCCGUGCAGAUCAUCCAUUUAUGUACUAUAUUGUGGAUAAUCUUACCAAAACUGUCAUCUUUGGCGGACAAAUCAAAAAAUUCUAACCAAUUUGUACGAAAAAUUGAACGGUUUGAUAUCUAAAUGUUUAUGUAAACAACUUUUUCAAGGCGUUGAAAAUAAAUUAACUUCCAAAAUCAACGAA